UCUGUCGUCAGUUUCAGUAAGCGCAAACGAAGAAGGAGAUCUAACCCACGUUGAUUAAAAACAGCUUUAGCUGCUGUAAUGGCUGGUUUAGAUUAUUAUUAAAUCCACCUUAAAACACGUAGCUCGGGUACAGAGCCUUUUAGAGCCUCCUUCAGUCAGGAAAAGGAAUAAAAUAAAGGAAUUCGUCGCCGGUUUUGCUUCUUCCCCUUCAGACCUUUGUUUUUCACCGAUUCGUUCGAACGGGUGAGCAACAGCGCCCCCCCGCGAAGACGAGUGGAAACAGCCUGAGAAUAGGGAGCCUAAAAAGCAGCCGAGCAGGUACCCUCUCAAACGAGGUGGGUCUCCACAACCCAGCCAUCCGAUGCGGAAUGAGGAUGUGUCCCGCUUUGGAAGUCCUCAUGCAGGCGGACGGGACUCCAUAUUCUGGAAAGGGUGUGAUGCUUGAGCCGUUCGUGCACCAGGUUGGAGGCCACUCCUGUGUGCUUCGCUUCGGGGAACAGACGAUAUGCAAGCCACUCAUCCCCCGGGAGCACCAGUUCUACAAAAACCUGCCCACAGAAAUGAGGAAGUUCACCCCUCAGUAUAAAGGUGUCGUGUCUGUAAGCUUUGAAGAAGACGAGGAAGGGAACCUGUGCCUCAUCGCCUACCCUCUCCACAGCGAAUCUGUGGACACGGAGAACAAAGACCCAACGGCAGACUGCCAAGAACCCAAGAGCAAAAUGGUGAAGUGGAGCAACAAGAAGCAGUCGCUGUUGCUGCAGGAGAAUGAAAACUACAGCAAAGAUAGAGCUCGAAACAGCCGAAAAGAGGACAAGAUCAUGAGUUAUAAUCGUGAUGAGAUCCAGCAGCAGCAAGCUGAGGUUCUGUUCUUCAACUUGGAGAAAGGGAACACGGUACCGCAGAUCAAACACAACCCUUGGAGUCUGAAAUGUCACCAACAGCAGCUACAGAGGAUGAAGGAGAAUGCAAAACAUCGCAACCAAUACAAAUUCAUUCUGUUGGAAAACCUGACGUGGCGCUACAGAGUCCCAUGUGUGUUAGAUUUAAAGAUGGGAACUCGGCAGCAUGGGGACGACGCUUCGGAGGAGAAGAAAGCCAACCAGAUCCGGAAGUGUCAACAGAGCACAUCGGCGUCGAUUGGAGUGCGACUCUGUGGGAUGCAGGUGUACCAGUCCGACUCUGGCCAGCUGAUGUUCAUGAACAAGUACCACGGGCGAAAGCUGACCCUUGCAGGUUUCAAGGAGGCUCUCUACCAGUUCUUCCACAAUGGCCGUCGGCUUCGCCACGAGCUGCUGUCCCCGGUGCUGCGCAGGCUUCGGGAGAUGCAGGCUGCCCUGGAGGCGUGCGAGUCCUACCGCUUCUACUCUAGCUCGCUGCUCAUCAUCUAUGAUGGAGAGUCUCCCAGGACUCCCACCAGACCCAGACAUCGAGGCGGGGAGGACGGGGACGAGGAUGAUCCGUCUGACGACGAUGAUGAGGAUGAAGAAGAGGAGGAGGAAGAAGAGGAAGGGGCAUUUGGUUUCCCCCGCUCUUCUUCCUCAAGCGCUGCUGGUGGUUUGUCUGCAGGCAGCAGCAGUCGCUCUUCACACGGUGCAGGAGAGCCCAGCAGCCCCGAGGUGGACGUACGCAUGAUUGACUUUGCUCACACCACGUGUCGGCACUUUGGAGAAGACAGCGUGGUGCACGAAGGCCAAGACAGCGGCUUCAUCUUCGGCCUUCAGAAUCUGAUCACCAUCAUCUCUCAGCUGGAGGACCACAGCACUGAUUGAGGGCACAGCCAAGCUGACAUGGUCGAAAUUUCAAGCCUGGGAAAAGCUUAGCUGCUUUAACCCCCCUCAUGAGGUGCUUCAUACCUGCGCAGGGGGGCUGCUCGGUGGUAACCACAGAGCUCUCCAAGUUAGAGGACGAGUCUGCAAGGUUGACCCUGCGCUCUCGCUCACCUGCCGACAGAAAGGGCUGUCAUGCCCUCCCUUGCACUUUUCUCUAAGACUUUUUCUUUGUGAUAGAAAGUAGGAGCAAAGUUGCAUGAGAUGGACGAUUUUUCUACAAAACAGGUUUUCCCCUUAGACAUUGUUGGAGUCCCUCCUCCGCCCCACUGGAAAAACCGAGCAUCUGUAAAUUCUCUCUGAGAGAGAAAGAGAGGCAGAGACCUUUGAAGCUAUACAUAGGUAGGAAGCUGCUGUGGUGCUUAACCUGUCAUAUUACAUCCCCUUUUUUAACGAACCAACCCCCAACAGCAGAGCACAACUUAGUGGAGGAGUUAAAUAGUUACCUGAACAAGCUGACCUUAGCUGGCUCGGUCAGCAGCCUUGUAGCAAUGGACAAAUUAAGCAACUAAUGCAGACGUUGUUGUGUUUAUAUUGAUGUCUUAUAAGAGAUAUUGUUUGUGUGUCCACCAAGCACUUGGAUUUAUACCUUUUGGUGGGUAUUAGGUUUAGAAGAAGGGAUUUGCCUUUUUUUUCUUUUUGUUUCCUGCACUUCUUGCCUAUAAAAAUGCAUUUUGAAAGGGGAUUUUUAUUGCAGUUUUCCUCAUCAUUCGUCUUCUUCUUCAUUCCUGCAAAUCUGACUUGAAGAGGAUAUAUUGAUAACACUAGCUUCAGAGACUACAGCAUAUUUAUUUAAAAGAAU